AGAGGGCGAGACUAAGCCGCUUGGCGGUGUGUACUUUUAGAAUAGUGUGUAUUUAUUUGAAAAAAGUAAGGCUAAUUUCAGACAUGAAUCCGAAAUUUAACGAAAUAGGCAAUGCAUUUGUCCAACAGUUUUACACACUGUUCGACAAUGUGGCCACACGUCCUCAGCUUGCCGGUCUAUACACUGCAGAUUCUAUGAUGACAUUUGAAGGUGCUCAAAUGCAAGGAACAACAGCAAUCUUGGAAAAAAUAACAAAUUUACCAUUUCAAAGUAUUGUGCAUAGUUUGACUACAAUUGACUGUCAGCCAACAUAUGAUGGUGGUGUUUCUGUAUUAGUGGUUGGACAGCUUAAGACGGACACUGAUCAUCCCCACGGCUUUUCACAAGUGUUCUUUCUGAAGCCGACGGUCAAUGGAACCAGUUUCUACAUAGCUAAUGAAUUCUUCAGGCUAUCGAUACACAACGUUCCUUCGUAAACACUCGUAGACACUACUUGCAAACUUGACCUUGCGACCUCUGGAACUGGAAACGGCGAGGAACUUACGAACAUGUGAGGCUCUUCAUUAACAUCUUCAGGUGUUGUUUGUGUGUAUAGAGGAAGAAGACGCGCCGGACAGCGCUGCAGAAGCAAAGCCUGCCCAGCUCUCCCAAGAACGGCUCUAGCUGCUUCGGCAGAGUCAUGAGUGUGUUGAAAGUAUUACUGCAUGAUAACCCUUCCCCCCCACCUACUUUUUCCGAAAUUUCUCCGAGUAUUCAUCUUGAUGAUAAUUAUUGCAUAUCUUUACCAAUCACACGUUUAUAAGCUAGAUAACGUUAUUUAAAAAAGCAUACUCCCUGGUUAUACUGCAAUGAAGGAGUAAACGUGGUAUUUAAAUCCUGCACACGUUCUUCAUCUUUAUUGUAUGAUUUUAUACUGUAAUUAUUAGGAAAAUGUGUUAUGUCUGUCAAAAUAUGUUCAGGUGAGUAGAUUGGCUAUAUAUAGCAAUAGUUACAUGUGGAUAUGCUGUGUGGUUUCACUCCUUGCUAUAGUCUGUCUGCUUUCAACUUCAACAUGGUGACGGUAUUUGUUGCUAGAUGAAACUUGAGAAAUUUAUCAUUUUUUUGGGCCAUGUUUUUUUCUGCAUAGUAGUAUGAAAUUUUUGCUUUUGGAUACAUUGACAUACAGCGAAUAUUCUAUACACUGGUAAUGCUAUAUUUAUCUAGCACAUUCAUUGUUCUAUUGGUUUCACACAGAAAGGCAAGUACUCUUUUUCUACGAUGUGUUUGCAAUUUACAAAGUUACAUGUGUUAUAAUAUGAUGCUCAUGAUGAAAUAGAUCUUGCAUCAAUUUAUGUCUGUAUUUUCACCAGCAGUUUAUGAUAAUGUAACCAUUAACGAUAAUUCGGUCUAAUUUAUGAAUGCGGGCUCUAGCAUAAAAGGUUUUACCACUUACUCACUUUAAUGCGUCAUCACUGGCAGGAAAAUGGUCCUUUUGACAAUAUGUGUGAUUUUGUAUUCAAAGUAAAUUAUGGCAUUCACAUGAUGUUAAUUAAAAAUUCUUAUCUGUACAUUUCUAUCAAAAAAAUUAGUAUCGAUUACGGAUUUUUAUUUGCAUGAUGUUUUCAUUGUGGUAGCUUUUAUUAGCAAACCGUAGUAAAGGUAUUCCAGCAGGCAUAAACUAUCAUGCCUUUAAACGUUGCCUGGUUAUGUUCAUAUAUUGAAUUAUUUUAGUUGAAUAUUCCCUAUUUCAUGCUGCUGUAAAAAGUCAAAGGUGAAGGUUUCCUAUUGAUUAAGGCGAUUAUUAAAAAAAGAACCUGCACAGUCGUAACAUGUAGUUAUAUCUUCAUGCUCACAGCUAAUGUGCAAACAUGCUCCAUAUGUUACUUGCUAAUGCUAGUUCUGAGAUGCAACUCUAACAGGUUGUUUAGUCUAUGAACUAGUUAAUAAAUGGAUCCAAAACUGUCAGGUUACUAUCAAAGUGCUGCAUUUUUGUAUUAAUAUUAGAAGCACUACAAGCAAGUGUAUGUACCUGGUAGUUGAAUGGUUCUGGCAUGUGCUAGAAAUUUGGUAUAAUUGCAAUAUGCGCAUAAAAUGUUUACGUGUAGAAAGGAUCGAGUUUUACAGUGUUUGACACAAAACGCUUUGAAUAAAAUUGUUGUUUUUCCUAGUAAAAUAUUAUGUAUUAUACGUCCUGAAUAAACAGCGCUGGCUUACAUGA